GCUAAAGUGAAGAGAGCUUAUUAUGGGAGCUGCUCCUGCUGUCCUAUAUCAACAGCAGCCAGCAUUUCUGCAGUCAUCUCCAGCCAUGGCUCCAAGUGGACGCUGUCAUCUCAGCUGGCAGAGCACGAAACCCUGCGGAAGGCGUCGUUUUUAAGCCGUUCGGUGGGCUGAUUUGCUUCAGAAUGAAGCGAGGAAGGACAGGUCUGAAAUCACAGUGCCAGAUUUUCCCCUCCCUCGGAGAGCGGGCUAAGAGACCGAAGUGGAUGACUCCAGCACAAGACUGGGGAAACCUGCCCCAUCACGUCGUCCUGCAGAUCUUCCAGCAUCUGUCCCUGGUCGACCGGGCCAGGGCAUCAUCCGUGUGCCGGUGCUGGAAUGACGUCUUUCACACCCCUGACCUGUGGAGGAAGUUUGAGUUUGAGCUCAAUCAGCCAGCCACGUCCUACUUACGCUCCACUCACCCUGACCUCAUUCAGCAGAUCAUCAAGAAGCAUGCCCAACACCUGCAGUAUGUUAGCUUCAAAGUGGACAGCUGCACCGAAUCUGCAGAGGCAGCUUGUGACAUUCUCUCUCAGCUAGUGAACUGCACCAUCAAGACCCUGGGGCUGAUUUCUACAGCACGGCCCAGCUUCAUGGAUGUAUCUCAAGCCCAUUUUGUGUCUGCCCUGACGGUGGUGUUCGUAAACUCCAAGUCAUUAUCCUCCAUCAGGAUCGAUGACACCCCAGUGGAUGAUCCGUCCCUGAAGGUGCUGGUUGCCAACAACAGUGACACCCUUAAGUUGCUGAAGAUGAGCAGCUGUCCUCAUGUCUCCCCAGCUGGUAUCUUGUGUGUGGCAGACCAGUGUCAUGGCCUCAGGGAGCUGGCGUUGAACUACCAUCUCUUAAGUGAUGAGCUUCUUCUUGCCCUGUCUUCUGAAAAACACGUUCACUUGGAACACCUGCGCAUUGACGUGGUGAGUGAAAACCCCGGCCAAACACAUUUUCACACCAUCAAGAGGAGCAGCUGGGAGGCUUUGAUCCGCCACUCGCCGAAGGUCAACAUAGUCAUGUAUUUCUACUUGUAUGAGGAGGAGUUUGAGCCCUUUUUCUGCGAGGAGACCCCCGUCACCCACCUGUACUUUGGCCGAGCUGUUAGUAAAAUGAUGCUAGGCCGCAUUGGACUGAACUGCCCUCGGCUGGUGGAGCUGGUUGUGUGCGCCAAUGGCAUUGAGCCCCUAGAUGAGGAGCUAAUCCGCAUCGCAGAGCGCUGCAAGAGCUUGACAGCGAUCGGGCUAGGCGAGUGUGAGGUGACCUGCAGUGGCUUUGUGGAGUUUGUGAAGAUGUGCGGGGGCAGGCUGACACAGCUGUCAAUCAUGGAGGAGGUACUGAUCCCAGACAGCAGCUAUAACAUAGAGCAGAUCCACAGUGAGGUGUCGAAGCACCUCGGGCGGAUGUGGUUUCCUGAUAUGAUGCCCACCUGGUAGGCUGACAUGAAGCCAGAGCUAUCAAUGAUGGCAUUAAACUAUGGUUACAGUUUACAAUUUUAAUAGACAUAACAUUUAGAAAAGGAAAAACGAAAAAUCCAUUUCAAGAUGGCCCCUGACUGGAAAGCCCUGCUUGGAGAAAGACUUUGGGCCAGAGAAGCACAGGCAUACACGUUUGGCUUUGUGUAAGAUUGGAACCCUGCUUUCCCAGGUGAAAAUCCACUGCCAGCGCACCACCAUCACCCUAUCUCUAUCAUGUGAAAAUUAUUUGAUUUCUUAUGUUCUUGCACAUUUGUCACACUUACAUGUUUCAGAUCAUCAAACGAAUCUUAAUGUCAUACAAAGAGUCAGAAUGAAUACAAAAUGCAGUUUUUAAAUAACAAUUAAAUUUAUUAAGGGAACAAAAGCAAUCCAAAUCUACCUGAUCCUGUGGGAAAGAGUAACUGACCCCUAAACCUAAUAAGGGGUUGUGCCACUCUUGGCAACAAGAGCUGCAAUCAAGUGUUUGUGAUAAUUUGCAAUGAUUUUUGCCCACUCUUCAUUGCAGAAGAAGAGUUGAAAACACUUAAGGUCAUGGCGAAGUAUCUCAAUCUAACUUCAUACUUUCACUUGGCUUCUCCCAAACAUUCACUUUGUUUGUUUUUCGGGGGUGGGGUGGGGGGUUGUUUUUUUGAGCCAUUCAGAGGUGGACCUGCUGAUGUGUUUCAAAUCAUUACCGUGCUGCGUAACCCAAGUUUGAUUGAGCUUCAGUCCAUGAAAUGAUGACCAGAAAUUCUCCUUCAGGAUCUUUUGGUAGAGAGCAGAAUUUAUGGUUCCAUUAAUUACAGCAGGUCAUCCAGGUCCUAAAGCAGAUAGUUUGAUUGCAGUUCUUGCUACCAACAGUGGCACAACCACUUAUCAGGUUUAGGGGGAAUUUGUCUUUCAAACACGUGCCAGGUAGAUUUGGGUACCUCUUUUCUCUCUCUCAGUAAGUCAUUGUUCAAAAAAACUGCAAAAUGUACUUACUUCAGUUUUCUGUGUCUAAUAUUAAAAUUUGUUUGGUGAUCUGAAAUAUGUAAGCAUGAGAAAUAAGCUGGGAAAAAAAUUAGGAAAGGUGAAAACAUUUCUUCACGGCGCGUCUUGGCCCGCUCACUAUGGGUAAUUUCUGUAGCUGUUGUGUACCAUCAAUGAAUUUUAUGUAAGAAUAAUACACUUCUCUGAAAAUAGUUCAUGCAUAAAAACGUUUGAUUGCUUUCUGUCUGUCACUAAAUGUUGUAAUGAAACAUGUUGGUUGCAGUUGAAUGAUGGGCUACAUUUUUAACCAUGGUGUAUAAAAGAGCGUGACGCUGCCAUCUGCUGGUCGUUGGUAGGGAAAAAUCCCCCAAACAUAAUUCACAAGUUCUUUACGUUUCUAAAUCUUUCUGAAAAUCUUAAAAUUAAUGAAAUAAUUAACCAGUUAAUUUAAAACUCUUCCUCAAGUUACAGAUUUUUCUGAAUUUAACCACAUUUGCAUGCAUUCAGGUGAGGACACUAACCACAGUGAUACUGGUUCAUUGCAGAAAGGACAGGAGUUUCCUGUUGAGCCGGAGCGAGUCACACCUCCAUGGAAAACACAAUGGGUCUCUUUUGUCUGUUGGCCUGUUUUACUUUGCCGUCUUUUCAUUUAGUUGACAGGUGUUAAAAAUCAGGUAAUAGCAGGUAUUUGACUAAAGGCUUUGAACAGAAAUGAAUAUGCAGAACUCAGAUUAGGUGAUGUGGUGACGUGUUCAGUUUAUGUUCUUUUCUUUUUUUCCUUUUUUAAAAAACAAAACAAAAACAUGUGCACUUAAAAAAAAGAUUUGCUGUCCUCAUAAACACGAAGCAAUAAUUUUGAGGCAAAGGCAGUUGAAAUCAAUCAAAUCAAAGAUUUAUUUAUUAAAAUAAGUGAUCAUUAAGCGAAAUAUGUUUGGUAUAAAAUGUACUACCAGAUUCCUUUAAAUGUAACAUUACAUGGAAAAUUAACAUGUAAUCAAAUUACUUAAAGUCAGCACUUUGGGCGUGAUUUGUUUUUUGAGUGUUACAUUUAGUUAUUUAUUUAUUUUUAUUAUUGUCCUGUGGGAUUUAACAUGUAGUUAGUUGGUUCUUUGCUUGUAAGGGAGUACCAACUUAAAACUGAAGUAUUUGUAUCAAAUGUGAUUACGACGAUAGUUUUGUGCAAAAGGUACAAAUGAACCAUUACAGGCCCACGAUGUGCAAUGACACGCUGUCCAACAUACAGCUGUAAAUAUCUGUUUUGUAUUUGUUUACUUUGCGUGGAUGUAGUUAGUAGAAGAAGAAUUGCUGUAUAAAUUUAUAUCACUUAUUGUUAGUGGUUUUUGUGUAUGUGCAGCAUUGAUGUCAGCUUCAUUGAA